CCUGUUAUCAGCGGUGAAUAUGACGCUGAAGCUGAGACUGCAGCUUGGAGCAUUGAACUUCCGGGAAAUCUUGGACCAUGGGAGUCUGUUGAUGUUACUAUAACAAAAGACCUGGAUGACAGCGGAGAAUUUGAUUUCGUCUCUGCCAAUGCAUACAUCAAUGGCGAAUUGUAUUCAUCUGCGGAAAUCACAUUGACUACUGACAGUAUUACCGUUUUGAUAUCUGAAGCCAUUGGUGUAGAUGAAAUACUCAGCAUUGAUUUUGUUGCUGACACUUCCAGUGGAUACCAAUGGACAUCUCUUGCCCAUAUUCUUAUGAAUGUUCCAGAUGAGAGAUUGGCGAAGAGAGCUGUUGUCGAAUGGGACUUGUCUUCGACUGUUGUUAAUGAGGCUGCUGUUCCAUCUUCUUCCGAGUCCGCAUCUGAGCCAGAAUCUGCUUCUGAGUCAGAGUCUGCCUCUGAGGAAUCCUCUGAAGAAUCAUCUGUUGAAUCCUCUGAAGAAUCAUCUGAAGAAUCCUUUGAAGAAUCGUCUGAAGAAUCCUCUGAGCCUUCCACUGAGACCACUUCAGAAUCACCAGACAUCACGCUAACCUCGUCUACAGAAACCACCACUGUUACUGCGGAAACCACUAUACUUGUCACUAUCACAAGCUGUGAAGACAACAAGUGCUCGGAGAUUGAAGUCCCUACUGGAGUGGUUGUUGUCACUGAGACUAUUUCUGGCAUCAUCACUUCUUACACAACCUACUGUCCAGAGACCUACGUCACCACCAAGACUUACACUGAGAAGAUCGUUUUUGUUACCAUCCCAUGUGAAGUUUGUGAAAAGGGGGCCACCACCAUAACCAAGACCAUCGAAUGUGAGGAUGAGUGUUACGACGUUAUCGUGACUGAGACAAAGACCAUAGCUACUGUCAUCGGUGGCUCAGUCAUCACUACUGGUGUUGCUAAGACAUAUGGUACUGGUGCCGAGGCGACUGUUACAACUGUUACUGUUGUUAGCACUGUUGGUGGUUCACCUCUGACUACUGUUGCUGUUGAAAGCUACGGUGUUGCUGUUGACGAGGUUGUUAUCACCAAGGCCGAGACUGCUGAAGUUGUUGUCGGUGGUGCUACUGCUUACUCAGUUUCCGAUAUUGUCGAGACCACUAAGGUCACUAACACUGUUACUUUGGAGGCUGCUGCCUCCACUGAAUUUG